AUGUCACUUAUAUUUUCUCUGAAACUUUCAUUUCCAGACUACCAUGUUCCUUCAGAGUACUUGAUUAAUCAAAACAUCCGAGAUAAGUUGGCACCUGUUAAGCUCAAUCGAUAUGGGGAAGACCUAUUGUUUUUUCUCUUCUACACGUUUAGUGGAGAUAUUCUGCAAUUAUCAGCAGCUGCAGAACUAUAUAGUAGGGACUGGAGGUUUCACAAGGACGAGAGAGUAUGGAUCACUCGAGCACCAGGUAUGGGGCCUACAGAGAAAACAAGUACAUUUGAACGAGGAACAUACUAUUUUUUUGAUGCUGUAAACUGGAGGAAAGUAGCUAAAGAGUUUCAUUUAGAGUACGACAGACUUGAAGAACGGCCGCACAUUCCACAAGCGUUUCCAUACAACCCCUUCCAAGCAAUGAUGUCAUAGUCACAUGUUGAACCAUUUAUUUUGGUCAUCUCGUUACUUGUAAUAUAGUAGUUUUUGAAGUGUGAGGGCACACUGCUGCGAUACCUAUACUGAAAGUUUUCAGUAUCUGAAAUGUUAUAAGAGCUAAAACAAUUUUGUUUCCAGAUGUUCUCUUUCCUUCCUAUUUUUAAAAGAAAGGCACUAAAGUAACUUUAUAAUGGCCAAAAAAAUGACUUUUAUUAGUUCAGCAAGAUCAAGUUUAUUUUCUUCAUUCUGUAUAAUUGUAUUAUUUUGUGUUCUGUAAGGUGUUUUGAAUGAUUGAAGUUAGUGUAAUAUCCCAGAAAGAAUGAGAGAUAUAAUAUUAAACAUAUAUUAUUUUGA